GAUUGUAAUAUAUACAAUUUCGCGGUAAUCUUUUAAAAACGAACUAGUGAAAGACUACAUUUAAAUGUAACAUAUCUGUGUAAUGUGAAUGUGCUACGUUAAAAAUUUUGCUGUACUUAUUUGAAGAUUUUUAUUUAGAAAAACAGUGACCUAGACUGAUACUUGAGACUUGAAAUGGAGAAUGAUAAUUCAUUCACAUCUUUGUUGGAAGAUUCGUUUUCAGACAAUGAAAUAGUCGAUGAUGAUGGUGAUUACUCAUCGAAGAUAAAAGAUGCACUGAUAAAUUUACGCCAGGUAUCCGAUACGACAUUCUUGCAGCAGGCACUGCAAGAAUCCUUAUCUUCUUGCCCAAACAAUUUCCUGGAUGAAAAAAUUUGUAAAGAAGUACUUCCUCUUGCGCAACGUCUUUUAUCCGAAGCACUAGAACAAAUUGGUAAGAUGGUAAACACUGAUGAAGAUGCUUUGGAAAAUGUAAACCAACAAUUAUCCACUUGUCAUGAGUUGUUAAUUGUGUUGGAGAAGCCUAUGGAAUGUGUGUCGAAGCUACACAAAAUGUCCGUCGAUAAUCUAAAAUUCUUAAUCGAAAACGCAUGUGUUACAAUUAAAACGAUCUUCGAACAUUGUCAUGCAAGCACGAAAUUGUACGGAACUUUGUUCGAGGGCGUAUCGGAAAAAUUAACAAAUCUCUUUCGUAAGACGAAGACGAUCUUGACUCUAUUCCUAGCCACUUUGGAGGGUGUAAUCGUUUUCGACACGGAUACGGAAUCGGAAACGGAACUGUUAGAAAAAGUGAUUGACACAAUUGGGUUUUUGGUCAGCAUCUCGCAUGCAUUGGAUCUGAAAACGUUCGUUGAAACAUCCAAAACGUUUGGUAAACUUGCAAUUACCUAUCAGCACGUUGUAAAACGAACGAAACCGACAGCCGUCACGUUACACCUUGAACUACUGACGAAAGAAGUGACAUCGAUGCUUCUGUUGCUCCAAGGUUCUUUGAACAAUGCUGAUGAGAGGAAGAUAAAAGUAAUUGGUCAUUCGUUAAAAAUUCUGGAUAAACUAUUCGCAGCUUAUUGUUCCUGCUUAAGCAAAGAAACUCUUAUGUUUGCUAUCGAACUUAUCGUACAAAUGCAUAGAUGUAAUGAAUCGUGUUUGAAGAGACAUCAGGUUACCGAUAAGGUGAUCGAAUUAAUAAACGCACACAUUUCAAAAGGCUGCGAACCGCUUUUGAAUACCGUUUUCAAACACUUCGAUUUUAAACAGGCGUUCUUCGAUUACGAAAAUGAAACGAGCUCCUAUAAGCUUGGUUAUCAUUUGCUAACGAUCAGUAUUAUGAAAAAGUUAGCGAACACGUCUUAUGAACAACACUGUAAAUGGACGCUGGGUGCAGAAUCAAUUAUCCAUGUAGCAUUGUUAAAUAUAAAUAGUAUUCAAGAAGAAAUUUGUAUGGGGGACAUAAAGUUGCCAGGUAGCCACGAUAUCGGAGAAAGACCACGCUUAGCCACAUUAUACGAGGCGACAUUGGUCCCAAUUUGUAGUUUGAUUAGUCAGAUUCCUGCGGAUGGAUUUCACGUUAUCGAAUUAAUUUUGUUGAAACAUUUACUAAGCGAUCGACUAUGGAGUGCACUCCUCAGCUCAGACGUUUGGUGUUUCAUAGGACGAAUCAGUUCUUCAGAGCUUUGUGUUAGCCACGUGAAAUAUUUAUUAAAAGUUUAUGCAGCGUUGAUGCAACGGCGCAACGAUUUCGAAGUCGUUAUUCUGGAAAAUUUGAUAGGAAGAUUAUACAGUUUACUUUCCGAAGAGACAAGGCAUUCUGUUGUAACGGAGCUCGACGAUCUUGAGAAUCCAUCUUGGACUCCAAUCGCACGAUUUUUGCCAUUCAAAACGAAAUCGUUUCUGCAGAAACGUUUGGCCUGUGUAUUGAACGAAAUCCCUAAAACAUUUCUAGAAUUACAACGACAACCUACUGUGCAAAAUUGGAAUCGUAUUACAACAUUGAUGCUUCUAAUUGGGAAACUUAAUUAUGUCGGAGAAGAAAACACAGUAGACAUACUCUCAGAAAUAUGGAAUUCUAUUUCAAACACAACCGAGAUUUUCGAAGGCAGACAAUUGGAUAUAGUGUCGGAAUUCAUGUGGAAAUUAUUUAGCGCCACCCAGCCGGAAAAAAUUCAAGAUGACACCUUUUAUACAAUUCUGGAAGCGAUGUUGACGUCGCUUUUGUGUUUACCAUCGCAUGUGAGGGCAACUGCAUCGCAUUAUCUAAGAGACAACAUCAACUCCUUUGAUAAUUGCGGUCCUAAGACAGCAAAUGCGUUAACAGAGUUGAAUUGUCGUCUUCUAGAGGACAAUAAUCUAUGGGUGCGACAGGAAGCUUUCGAGUCUUUCGAUUAUAUGGCUCAUAUGUGCCCGAACGAAGAUCUCGUCACUAAAAUGGCAACUGCAAUUACGAAGAAAUCAUCGCUAAAUGACUCAGUUCCAGCUUAUCUAUCCAGCACUACCUAUUACGAGCUUCAUGAUUUUUCGGACGUGCGACUUUAUUUGCAACACGUGGCUAAAAAUUCGCAGAACGUCCAUCACGUUUGCUACCAUUACGAAGAAUCAGAAAGGAACGAGAAAUUCGCUAAAUUGGAAACUGAAUUAAGCGGAAGUUCCGUUGAAAUUCAAUCAUCGGGUAAUCUAGAUGAGCACGUAAACAAAAUAUGCGACGAAUUGAAUGAUAUUUUAAGGAAAACUGCUGACGUAGGAGAUCACGCGUUACGAAGAUUGCGAUUGCUUUGCGUCAAAAUUUUGGAUUUACCCAAAUCAUCGAAAGAGACUUGAGUUAUAGAAGAACUGAGAGAUAGAGAAC